GCCACCAAGCUGAAUUUAUUUCCAAAAAUUUUGAUUCGGAAAAGCAUUACAAAACAAUUCUUAAUGUUUUAUGCUUUUCAAGUAUGCCGAUUGAAAUAUAUUUUUAUUUUUUUUGUGAAGUUUUUGAGCAUAAAAAUAAUUAUAAAACACUAAGAAUUGUUUUUGUAAUUUUUUCCGAUUCAAAAUUUCGGAAAAAAAUUCAACUUGGUGGCCUGAUAGACAUAUAUGUCAUUAACACAUGUAUUAUUCAUAUUCAUCAUAAUAUCGUCGAGUUAAGAGAAUUUGGCAGUACGUAUUUGUUUUCCUUAAUUUUUUGCAAAAUCAGAACACGCAUAAAAAGUGGUAAAAAUAUAAUGGAUUCAACAAAUAAUCAGAAAGGAGGUGAAAUGUUAGGAGUUUCUCGAAGCGGUCGGAUUAGAAAAAAAUCUUCAAAACUAAUGGAUUUUCAAAAUCCAGAUGAAAUUGAUACUAAACCAAAAAAAAACCGGAAAGUUACCCUUCAAUCAGUUGCAACUGAUGAAUCUGAAAGUGUGUCGGCUUCAGAAGAUGAUUCUGAUGAUAUAGAACAAGGUGUUGAGGCAGAAGAAGGAGAAUUAGACGAAAGUUUGGUGGAUCCAACUGUACGAAAAAGUUUAUACAUGCAAGAAAAAUUCAAUAAAAAAAAGGUACUUAAGGACGGGAAGGUUGUGUAUGGAAAAUCGACAAGAAAAGAUAAAGGAAAAACUCGAAUUACAGCUUAUAUGCUAUGGUGCCGAGAAAAUCGUUCUAACAUGAAACAAACUGAUUCAGGAGAUCAAACAAGAAGGUUGGCUGAAAUGUGGGCUAAUGUUCCAACACAAGAAAAAAUUAUAUGGCGCCGAAAGGCAAAGCGUUUGGCAAAUAAAAACAAAAAACAAGACGCUAAAUUAAACCAAGGUAAUAUUAAUAAAAGUAACAGUACUUGUUUGUUAUUCAGAACAUCCAGUUACAUAAAUCGAUCACCAUAUGCACCCACAGGAAACCCUGUUGGACGACCACCAAAACGGGUACAGCAAAUUCCAAAUAAUAAACCGCAAGAUCACUUUGGAAACUCUUCCGCGAAAGAAAUUAGUAAAAGAGAACUGGAAGAAAAGGAGUUGCAAGACACAUUAGAGGAGACAGCAUUUUCAAUAUUUCAAACAUCACCUGUUAAGAAUGCACCCCAAAUACAACCAGGGGUUUAUAAGGUUACGGGAUUGGAGCCUUUAGAUGUUGCUGCACAUUUAAAUUUACUCGGGGAAAGUUUAAGCAUUAUCGGUGAGCGGCUGAAGGAGCACGAGGGGCAAAUUACAGUUAGUGGAAGCUUAUCAGUUUUACUUGAUAGUUUACUGUGUUCUCUUGGACCAUUAAUGUGUUUAACUUGUUCAAUUCCAAACGUUGGUACAGAUACAGACAAAAAAUUGCGCGAUAAUAUGCACAAAACUUUAGACAACAUUGCCUAUAUAAUGCCUGGACUUUAAGAGUAUUAUAUGAAUAAUAUUGUAAAUUAUAGGAUUAAAUGUAAAUUAUAAGAUUAUUUAUUUUUAUAAAACAUUUUUUCAAUAAAACUAAACACUAUUUUUAUAAAUUCAGUUUUUAUAUUGAAUAUACAUACAAUAAAAUGUAUAUUAAAUAUGUAAUAAAGAAUAUCACUUCAAAAAAAAUAAAACUUGUA